CUGUUGAGAAUGUAAGUCAGGUUGGUUUGGAAAUGGCUGAUGUGAAAAUGGCUGCUGGCGAGUUUUCUAUGGGGAGAGCAAGUGAAGCUGAUGUGAAAAUGGUUGCUGAUGAGGUUCUAUUUUCUGAGAAGAAGAAUUUUACUACUCCUAUGGAUAACAAACGGAAUAUCAAGCCAAGUAUUUUAUUGAAAUCUCCAUACUUGGCUGAAUUCAGUUCUGGAAACAACGAAUACCGCAUAGAGAAUGCUACUUUUGUUGUUCCUAAAUUGUGUCCAUUGGACAAUAAUUUAGGAGAUGUUUUAAUGUGCGAUGAAUAUCCGGAGUAUCAUGACUGGAUUGGUAAAGGACAUUUGAGAUAUCCCAAGGCCAAAGAAGGAAGAUUUAUUAAGGAAACAGAAAAUUCUAUCAAUCCUCCUUUCAAUUUUGGUGUUGAUGUCAUUGAUGCGAAAGAUUUCUUUUUCGUUCUGGAGUAUGGUGGACAGUCAUUGAAUACACGGCACAUGGAUAUCUUAUUUUACUAUCUGAGGAAGAAAGGAAAAUAUAACAGUAGCAUACAAAUGAAGUUCACAACAACUGACAAUUAUUUCGAUCAAACUUUUCAAUCUUUUGUGAGGCUUUUCAAGGAUACCGGAGACCGAGACCUGAUUUAUGAAGAUCAUCCAAUUUCUCAGUAUAUACGUGGCAAACGUAUGAUUGCGAAUACUCCAUGGGCUGAGUGUGAAUUUGUGCUGAUCCCUUUCCAUGUGUCUUCAAAUAAUCAUUGGGCCCUUGCAGUACUGGAUUUUAAGCUCAGGACGAUCACAAUCUAUAAUUCCAUGCGUUCAACUUUGAGUGCUUCGUCAACUAGACUGAUUGGGAAUAAUUAUGCCUCUUAUCUUCCUUUAUUUCUUUCCAAGUUAGAUGUGUUCAAAGAUAAUCCCUUUUCUGACUUGCGUUCACCGUUCUAUACAAGUCAAGGAUUAGAAGAUUCUUUUCAGUUGAUUGUUAAAUAUGACCUGCCAGAACAACAGUUCAAUGAUUGUGGAGUUUUUGCAUUCUCUUUUGCUGAAUAUAUUGUGCAUGGGAGAGAGCAAGAGCUUACAAAAGAAUUUGAUGUGAAUUCCCAUCGAAAGCGUUUGGCUUUUUGUCUUUAUAAGUAUGGAAAAUGGAAGAAUAUGUUUCAUGUUGUCAGUGAAUCAGAGAGUUAUCAGGACAAGAACCAAAAGGAUGGGAAUGUGAAAGCAAAAAGAUACAAGAUUCGAGCUGGAAAACUGAAACUGUAGUUGUUAUUUUGAAUGAACAAUGUUUUUUUAUGCUUUUUGUGUGUUUUAUUUUUUAGGUUUGUUUGAACACUGUUUUUUGUUUGAAUUAAUGAAGUAAACAAUGUUUUUUGUUUGAAUUAAUGAAGUAAUCUUUUACUUUAAUAUUCCUUUUUAUUCACACUUGCA